GUUAUUAAUGAAUUAAUAAAAUCUGACUCAUUAUUCAUAAAUAAUCUGCUUUUGAUGUUCGGUGAAACAUGCAAUUAAAAUUACGUGGAUUAAAUGUUUAAUUCUGGGUGAUGAUGGAGAUCAUCAGAGCUGAAGAAGAGCAGGAAAAAUGAAAUGUAGGAGGAAAAAAGGAGGAAGAGGGAGAAGAAAAGGAGGACGACGAGGAGGAGAAACAACAACCAAAAGAGGAGGAUGAGGAGGAGCAGCAUCUCUCUUCAGUCUGUCAGACACUGAGGAGGUUUGUGGAGGUUCAGAUGCUCAGACCGACUGUUUGAAUCAUCGACUCUGAUCCUCCUCCUCUCAGACAGGAGGAGGAGGAGGAGGAGGAGGAGGAGGAGGAGGAGGAUGUGCUGCUGCUGCUCUUCAGUCUCAGAUUCAACAACGAGAAACCAGAAGUCAAACAGGAUCCACUGAUUAAAUUUAUAUAUACUAACAUACAUAUAUAUAUAUAUAUGCUUCAGGUAUUUUGAUGUUGGAGAAUUGAAACGUGUGAAGCUUCAUGUUCAACGCUGAAAUCUGCACCAAAGAAGACUGAGAAGAUGAAAACGGGAGACAGAAAAGCUUCUGUUUGAGAUGGAAGAUGGAGUCUGGAAACAGCAGCUGGUGUUUUUAACAGAGUUUGGAUGCUGAUUUAUUUAAAAUACAGAAGCAGCUUCAGUUUUUUAACAGACAGACGACGAAGCAGCCUGCGUUUUUAACAGAAGAGUCUGAAGCAGUGUGAUUUUUUAACAAAAACAAAAUGAGGUUUAGAAGUAGCAGCUGGUGUUUCGAACAGACAGGAGCUGAGGUUUGGAAGCAGCACGGCAUGUUUUUAUUAAUGGAAAAUAAAGUUUGGAAGCAGCAGCUGGUGGUUUAAUUAACAAAAGGAUAACGUGUGGAACCAGCUUCAGAUUUUUAACAAACAAAGGAUGAAGUUUGGAAGCAGUCUUUGCACCCUGAACGUCGGCGGUCGCAGGUUUUGCUUCUCGGCCGAGCUGAUGAAGCGCCUCCCUCUCAGCAGACUCAGUCGGCUGCAUCGCUGCGUGUCGGAGAGCGAGCUGCUGGAGCUCUGCGACGACUACGACCGUGACAGGAACGAGUUUUUCUUCGACCGGCACUCGGAGGCCUUCAGCUUCAUCAUGCUGUACGUGCAGCACGGGAAGCUGCGCUUCGUGCCGCACAUGUGCGAGCUGUCCUUCUAUAACGAGAUGCUGUACUGGGGCCUGGAGAGUGCCGACCUGCAGUCGUGCUGCCAACGACGCCUCGACCAACGCAUGUCUGACUGCUUCGUCCACUUCUUCCCUGAGGAGGAGCCGCGGGGCUCCUCGGGGCCCCGGAGCCACUGGCUGGAGAGGAUGAGGAGGACGUUCGAGGAGCCCACGUCUUCGCUGGCGGCGCAGAUCCUCGCCUCGGUGUCGAUGCUGUUCGUGGUCAUCUCCAUGGUGAUGCUCUGUGCCAGCACUUUACCGGACUGGAAGACCACCGAGACCCUGGACCAGCACAGGAUCAUCGAGGCGGUGUGUAUCGGUUGGUUCACGGUGGAGUGUAUCGUCCGUUUCCUCGUAUCUCGGGAUAAAUGUGAGUUUGUCCGUCGUCCUCUGAACAUCAUCGACCUGUUGGCCAUCACGCCGUACUACGUCUCUGUUACCGUGACGAUCCUGACGGGGGAGAACUCCCAGCUGCAGCGGGCCGGCGUCACUCUACGCGUCCUGCGCAUUAUGCGGAUCUUCUGGGUGAUCAAGCUGGCCCGUCACUUCCUGGGUCUGCAGACGCUCGGCCUGACACUGCGGCGCUGCUACCGUGAGAUGAUGAUGCUGCUGGUCUUCAUCUGCGUCGCCAUGGCGAUCUUCAGCGCACUGGCCCAGCUGCUGGAACAUGGCCUGGACCUGGAAACCGGAAACCAGGACUACGCCAGCAUCCCCGCUGCCUGCUGGUGGGUCAUCAUCUCCAUGACGACGGUGGGAUACGGGGACAUGUACCCGGUGACGGUGGCGGGCCGCGUGCUGGGUGGCCUCUGCGUGGUGAGCGGCAUUGUGCUGCUGGCGUUGCCCAUCACCUUCAUCUACCACAGCUUCGUCCAGUGCUACCACGAGCUCAAGGUGCGCUCCGCCCGCUGCACCCACAGCCUGUCCGCCGAGUUCAUCAACUGACCAAUGAGCAACGCUGCUGCUGAGGUGGAUGAACACGAAGUUCAUCAGCUGAUCGCAGCUCUGCCUGGCAGGAAAUUAUGUCUCAUAACCACCAAAAACUACAAAACGUCACAUCAGGUCCUACGACAACUUUUCACAACUUUACUAAAACUUUUUGUUUUCAACAAGUCACAGCUGAAGAGCUGCCUCACCUGUUCAGUUCAGGUUUGUUUUUAGGGGUUGGAGGUGUAUUUCGUGUGUGUAAUCUGAAGUUAUUGGUAAACAGAAACACAUAGUGAGUUUAUACAAAAGAAUCGGGGAAUAAAAUACUCACACAGCUGUGACUGAGAUCCUUUUAAACUCAUAAAUAAUCAUUUAUUGGAAACUUUAUUCUCCAUGUUUGUUGAAUUCCUGUAAUUGACAAAAAGAAAUAUUAAACUAAUUGAAAGACGAUAAACUGAACACUGUGAACACAAGUUUUACCUUUAACUAUGGCCAAAUCACAUCAACCUGUCUGAUGUAUUUCAGUUUCUUCAUUAGUAAAUCAGAGAGCUGUAAAAUUAAGCUUUAACACAAUUUGUUCUCCAGAUCGAGCAGCACAGACGAGCCUCAGUUUGUUCGUCUAUGAGAGCAAAUAAUGUUUGCAAAGAUUUCAAUCUUCAAAAGAAACUGAAUCUGUAAUUGUGAAAUUUAAUUGCUACUGAAUAUUUAAUGUUGCAAUUUAAACUAUGAAAUAUUUUCCUUUAAAAACCAUCUGUCUGAAUUUACGUACUCUGAAGACUCUUUGACAUUUUCAACAGUCAAUUUGAAGUUGUACAGUUUUAUUUCAGGUAUACACACACACACACACACACACACACACACACACACAUAUAUACACACAUAUAUAUAUAUAUAUAUAUAUAUAUAUAUUAGGGUUCACAAAUUCAGAUAAAAGUAUUGAGAAACUAUAUUCAAGCUGCUCAAAUUCAAAAAGCUAAAUUCCGAAAAAUGAAAAAAUCUGGUCGCUUAAAUAGUUUUAAAUUCAGAUCUGAACGUGUCAGAGACAGAAGAUAAUCAAUCUAGCCGGGAUGGGAUCGAUCAGAACUAUUGGGUUACAUUAAUGUAUGUAUUAUUAAUAGAUAUGACGUGGCGCCUCCACUCAGCCAGUGGUCACUUACGGUACUGCACCUAAAAUGAUCAUUUUCCCCACAGACCUCCAUAAUAAAAGACGUGUGUAAAACUGUUGACAGGACGACUCCAGCUGUGAACCAGCUCAGUUAAUACUGUUUGUGUUAUGACUUUUUAAUGGAGGUUUUAUGUUUUUUAUAUUUGUAAAACUUUAGUCUGUGACGUCUCAAUGUAAAGUCUAUGGGCCAGCAGGAGAAACACUACUGAGCAUGUGCAGUGGGACACAAGUGCUCAGUGAGCAGUUUUCAUUUAAGUGACUGGACGCCAUCUUUGAGUCUGAUAUCCAGUUCUUCUGAUAGAUCCAUGGUUACAUUCUGUCAGUCAUGGGAUCCAUCUGAAGGUAAAAUAUUUCAGUGCUAUAAAUCCAUGUAUUCAGUUGAUAUAAGAUUCAAAUCUUUCUGGUUAUUUGCUUCCAUAAAAGUGGACAAACGUCCCUUUAAUUAUAAUGAAUGACAGCGACGCUUCCAGGGGCUGUCUGGUUUCUUUGAAAGAGUAAAUAGUAAACCAGAGUAAAAUCAAGUGAAGACGAGCUGUUUGCCUCAUCAGCUCCUCAGUUUUCAGUCUUGUGUAUGUACAUGAACACCUUCAGGUCUGACUGAGAUGAACUUUUCUAUGGAUCUUCACGAUCUCCAGACCAUGAUUCCAAAUCCUCCUGAAUGUUUCCUUCAGACUAAAAACAUUUCAGAAAUUUUCCCUUUGGACGCAGGAAAUAGACACAUCAGCUGAUCUUCUUUCUGCUCCUCAGAGGACGAACCCUUUAUAUGUUACUGUUCCCUGUAGCGCCCCCCUCAGGAUCAACAUGUUCAGCUGUUUGUGUCUCCUCUCGCCCCUCUGUUAAACCAGCAGUCUGUGGUGUAACUGGAUCUGUUGAGACCGGCUAGACACCGUCCACGGUUUCCAUGGCAACAGCAGACUCAGAGACAGGAAGUUAAAGUGUUGGAAACAUUUGGUUUUGAAUGUCAGGACGGCGGAGCUGCUGAAGUGUGAAUUAUCUCAAUGAAGACACUUCUUCUACUAUUUUUUCUUCUUCUUUGGAUACUGCAGGGUUUAAACCAAAGCACAACUACAUGGAUCCCUUUAAGCUUUAACCAGUGACAGUCUGUUCCUUCUUCCUUAUCUUUCUUUUUCUUUCCUUCCCUUCACACAGAUCCGUCUCUGUGAACUAAAACACAAUUUUAUCUCUUAAAUGUUCAUAAUUUCUUCAUUAAAUCCAGAUGAAUUCUUCAUUAAAGGACCAGUUUGUGUA